GGUACUUCUUGCAUACUAGUGCCACAUUUCAUACAGGUUUUACUGUUAAUACGCGUUGAAGUACUGCGAAAGUUAGCACACAGAGGUUUGCUGGAAACGCGCCCAAAAGCAGACAGAAAAUGCGCACGCAAAACUCUGUGAUGGAGUGCCCCCGCUCCAUGGUUGGGAGAGUCAUCGGCAAGUCAGGCGAGACGGUGAAAGCUCUUCAGACCUAUACUGGCGCCACGAUUCAGAUUGAUCAGAGCGUGGACCCGACGCGAGUGUCAAUUUCAGGCGCUGCGUACUCGGUAAACCUUGCCGUCAGCAUUAUUACGGAUAUCAUCCGGGGGAGCUUCAAGGGCUUCGCUCUGCUUCGCCAAGCGACGCGACCAGCCAAUGGACGCAACGGGUAUCCCGCGUUCACAGAGCCCCGGCCUGUUUACGCCCCCGGGUAUGGCCUCAUUCCGGCCUCUCAGCUGUACGACGACCGCACCGCGCCGCCGCCCAUGGGCACGCCAUACGGCCUUCGGCCUGCCGACUCCCUGCAGCACGUGUACCCGCUCAUGACAACCAGCCUGCCCACACAGAGCGUGUUGACGUUGCCAUCGGACGCGGCACUUGCGCAGCAGGGCACCACUAUGUCGCUGGUCAACGCGCAGCUGCAGCAGCUGGCCAUGCCCGCCGGCGACAUCAGCGGCCUGUCCGGUGCCGGCGGCGGCAUGCAGUACGGCGAAGCGGCCUACAUGCCGGUGCUGCCGAUGGGCGCGGGCGGUGGCCACGGUGGCCAGGGCGGCGCGGGCCUGCAGAUGAGCCAGAUGGGCCAAAUGGGCCAGAUGAGCCAAAUGGGCCAGAUGGGCACGUCCGAGGACUUCGCCAUGAGCGCCUCGCACCGCCUGAUUCAGGCGGCCGGCGGCGGUCGCGGACCCAUGCGCCCCAAGAACUGGCUGGGCUAGAGCGCUUCGCUCGUGCGAUAGCCACAGCAGCAGGCGCGCAGUCUUCCGUGAACACUUCUGUUUUGGUGUCUGCUGCUUCGGCAGCGGCACCACUGCUCGUGGAUGCGUCGCCUGCGAGGCUGCAAGUCGCGGAACGUGCAGUGGAGAGGUUGUCUCUGUGACCGCGUCACUGCACGGAGGUCGUCAGCAGCUACGGAUACGGAGCAGAAUCGCUGGAGGUGGAGCGUGCACGCGAGCGCCGUGGGCGACGCUGUUGCAGUUUCGGGAGGCCAGAGUAAACCGUGGCAACAUAAAGGAAUGCGACGCCGCAGCUUGGCAUGGAUCGGACAAGCUGCUGGUGGCGGAGGACCCGCACAACAUCUCCGGUCGACACGAGGCGGCGCGAUGGCUUGUACGCCUCCGGCGGUGUGCCAGGAUGUCUAGGACAUGGCGGCAGCGCUGUGCGCUGCCAUCGUGGCUGCAAGCCCGCUUGCCGGUACAUAUUGGGGCGUGCAUGCAAACUAGUUAUCGCACGUUUUUGUGCCGGGCAGGCGCGGCCGUGUUUGAGUAUCAACCUCUGUGAACGCGUUGAGUCCUUGUGUGUGUACGUACGCAAUUCUGCGAACGGCUUAGUAGGUAUGCGCGCAAUCAAGCGCGCAUGUUUGGUGUCAAGCACCAUUCGCUCCCCAACGAACGUGAGCAAAACACCACUGCGGAAACGGGUCCUGCUUUCCCAACAUUGACCCCGGGCUCGUUGCGGCGCGAGUGUGCUUCACGUGACCUGAACGCUGGUCCCAUAGUAAGAGCUAAGCUGCAAUCAAGAUGAGUGGUGAAAUGCGCAAAUGUUACUGGGGAUGGAGCAUGUGCAGACUGAUUGCUAGCGCACAGAACGUCACGUCGAUGGGAGUAUUGCAAUACACUGCGCCCCGAUGUGUACUUAUCCGUAAUGGCGAUGCGUUGUUGUUGCUCUCGCGUGUAGGCAGCGCAGGUAGUCUUUACGAAUUGCGCCGCAUGUUCAGCCCUCAUAGCGUGCAGGCUCUCAGCGCAGUGUUUGCUGCGCCCACACUAAAUGCUCAAGUUUGAAUGCGUUUCCCUUCAGGGGCUGUGUGAGGCUCCUAGUUGACAUCUGGGCUUUAGUAUGUAGCCCGGUGAUCGUCAAUGUGUUCGCGUUUUGCGCGUAUUGAGAGGCCGCCCUGUCACAGUCCCUUUUCUUUUUUCCUUGUCAGUAUGGGCAUCCGGUGUUCUGCGGCCUCGACGCAAUAAUAAGAUCUGGGUCUGCGCAGGCCCAAGGUGGCGGCUGACAGGGGGAGUCGAGGUGUGCAAGCGGCUGUAGAAAGGAUUGAGAAUGUCAAGGAGCACACUUCGGGGAUUUCGGAGAGCGGUAAGAGGCGUCAUCAUCGCCAAACGCUGCUUCCAUGCACAAAAUGCACGGCCGGCAGGUCCGGGGCUACAUCCUGAGUGAGCGCACCCAUCACACUGCGCCGUAAUGCAUUCGAUGCGCGGCUUCGGCCGCGGCGUCAGGGUGUUGAUGUUGCAGGAAGGGCCAACCGGCUGCGCGGGUCCUGUGACACAAAAUCUAAUGACUAUAAAAGGAGACUCCCACAAGAAAGUACGUAGCGGUUUUCCGUGUGCAUCAGUGUGUGCAUCCAUAACACUUGGUGGGGACGAGCGGAAUUGGCACUGGGAAGUUCACAUCUUCAUGCUCUCAAGGUCUGUGGGGGGUCAACUAACGGUGACUCGGGGCCCGACAAUGGGAAAUUGUGACUGCAAAAUUCUUCCCAACGAGUGGAAUGUUGCUUCGAUCGCUGCGGACGCAUUGCAUCACUAUUGCUGCUGCAAGGGGCUACACCAAUGUGAGGUUAAGGACGGAGGUUAGGAAGGGAUUGAGGUGAUUCAACGUGGCGUUGGCGUGCCAGGACGCACGAGGCACUGAUAUGCAGUCUGCAGGAUUCACCGUUCGCCUUGAGCCUUUAAUACGGCACAUGUGUCCGGUGGAGGCCCGGGGCAUGACACGUGUUGGCCGUAUGUUCGGAAAGGAUUUAGUGGGCAUGAUUGGCUCGUGCGUGUUGCACGUAGCUCGCGAAUGGGAGUGUUCAGUUAUUUAAGAUUGUGGUAACGCGUGUAACACGUGAGAGAUUGAGCGGCCUGUUCCCUGUAGUACAAGAGCAAUCAGGCCAUGAAGCGUAUUACACGAGGUAGCAGUGGGAGCACAGGGGGUGCUGGGAUUGAGCAACGACAGCGGCGCGAAAUCUCCUUGUGCACAGCGUAAGUCAGGAGCACCCCUGGCGACAAGAUAUCUUCCCUCGCAUGGGAAAAGUGGGCUGAGCUACGUAUCUAGUCUGAGGCCGCUAGCGUCUACCUCAUCUCCCGGACAUAGCCGGGGUCGGCCACGCACG